GGGGAGAAGAGACUUUCAGGCCCCGAUAAAAGAAAAAUUACCGAAAAAAAUUUGGAAAAAAUAAUAAAAUCACAGAUCGAGGAGAUAACGGCCUGGGAAGGUGAUGUGGGAGACCCCACGGAUGGAGAAGAUGUGCAGUAACAUUUCGUGGUCACCCCCAACUCACAUCGUUGGGACCGGGUGAGCAGAGGAUUUCUUCUAAGAACACUGGGACCCCCUUUGGAGAAGCUGACUGUGGACAUCUUUAAACAGACAUCAUCUCACCUCCAGUAAGUUGUUCUUCUUCAGGUCAGUUGGCACUGCCCUAGCUGAACACAUCUUAAAGACUGCCUGGAAGAAGAGUCUUGAGCGUGCAGGUUUUAAUGGCACCAGCCUUUUAAGGCUGCCAUGGCAGCAGAUGCCAUCAGUAAUCAAGCUCAAAUUUCCACGGUAACACAAGAAGAAGCGCAAGGUGCCAGGAAGAGUUUUGGGGUCAAGCCUCUUCCAGAAGACAGAGCAGCCCUGACCCAAGAGCCGAGUGAGUGUGAGGUGUGUGGCUUGCUUUUCAGCACACAAGAUAAGCUCAGAGUGCAUGUGUAUAGUCACACCGGACAGAAGCCCUACCACUGCUCUCAGCCCGAUUGCUCCAAGGCCUUUGUGUCUAAAUAUAAACUUUUCAGGCAUAUGGCCACACAUUCUCCACAGAAAACACACCAGUGUACAUUCUGUGAAAAAAUGUUCCACCGUAAGGACCAUCUAAAAAACCAUCUGCAGACUCACGAUCCAAAUAAGGAGGCCUUCAAAUGUGAAGAGUGCGGAAAGAAUUACAAUACCAAGAUGGGAUACAAGCGGCAUAUCGCCAUGCAUGCGGCCACCAGUGGGGACCUCACCUGUAAGGUUUGCAUGCAGAGUUAUGAGAGCACUCCUGUCCUUCUGGAGCACUUGAAGAGCCACUCUGGGAAGUCUUCAGGCAGCGUAAAAGAGAAAAAGCACCCCUGUGAUCACUGCGAUCGCCACUUCUAUACCCGGAAAGAUGUUCGCCGUCACAUGGUGGUUCACACAGGUCGCAAAGACUUUCUCUGCCAGUACUGUGCUCAGCGCUUCGGUCGGAAAGACCACUUGACACGCCACGUGAAGAAGAGCCACUCACAGGAGUUACUCAAAAUCAAGACAGAGCCACAGGAUAUGCUAGGAAUUCUGAAUUGUGGUUCCUCUGUUUCGGUAAAGGAGGAACUCACUCCCAUGAUGUGCAUGGCAUCUUCGAAGGACUCAAUGAUGGGAAAAUCCUUUUCCAAUACCUUUUCUGUGGGUAUGUACAACCCGCACUUGCCAACCAUGUCCAAUUCUGGGAUGUCUCAUACUUUAGUACCCAGUUCAUUGGCUUCCAUGGGAAUGGGCUGCCCUAUGGAGUCUCCUCCUAGUCAUCACCACUCCCCACCUCCGCAGCAGCACCUUCCACCCAAGUAUCAACUUGGAUCUACCUCAUAUCUGCCGGAGAAACCCCUUAAAGUGGAAAUGGAAAGCUUCCUCAUGGAUUUACAGAGUGGCCUUCCCAUUUCAUCCCCCGAGUCCCAUCCCUCACCACCAAAGGUUGGGCUGGAGCACCAUCAGUCCUUAGACGAUCUUCCAGGAGAUCACAUUCAAUCCAAAAGCCCAACAAUCAUUACAGAACCUUUCUGUGCUGCUAACAUGGAUUUCUCUCACCUUCUUAGCUUUUUGCCGUUGAACCUCCCUCCAUAUAACCCGCCAAUGUCCACUAGUGGUUUGGUAAUGGGUUACCCAUCCCAAGGAGAUCCUCAGCCACCUCUUACCUCUUUGCAACCACAACCUCAGGAGUCUCAAGGAGCUGGUAGUGGCCUAAGCCUCGGUCCGCUUCACCCUCUGCCCCCCGUUUUCACCACAAGCCUUAGCACGACAACAUUGCCACGUUUCCACCAGGCAUUUCAAUAGACACCAGAAACACCAGAAAGACCGUUUGAGGAGCCUUAAUAAAGCGCACAAAGCUUCCUUAAAUACAGAGGAAGACACAUAUCUCUUUAUGUUAAGAAGCUUUUAUAAGGCUUUAUCUCUACUCCGCUGCAGAGUUCAUCCAUAAUAUGGAGGUACAGUAAAGACUAAAUAAUAAAUAAUGCAUACUUUUCUUUUCUUUCCUCCUAAAAGACUGCUUAAGUGUGUUCUGAGGGGAGGACCUUUCCCAAAAGGUUUUUUUGUUUUGGUUUUCUCAAACGCUGCCAUCAGAAUCGAUUCCAUCCCCUCAAAGCAGCUCUGUAUUACUCCUGUUGUUCAAGAUUUUGUGUUUUCUUUUUGACGCUAUGUAACAAAAAAUUGUGAAGGAGUGAAAAAUUGUCAAUGAAAAUUAUACAAUGACAACAGGGUUUUGAAAAAAGCACUUUCCUUUAUGGAGGUAUCUUUUUCUUAAGGGUUUUACAUUUGAGCAGGAAAAAAACAAACAAACAUUAAGAGGGCUUGUUACCUCUCGACGUCUAACUCCGUUUACUGCAAGUCCCCAUGACAGUUUAGGUAUAAAAGUGGGAACUGUGACAUAGUCCUUCAACUCUAGCUGCCUAAUACACACAUUGCUGAUGUAAAUAUUUUAGAAUCUGUAUGUCAGUAGUAAAUAAAACUGGAAGUGAAGUUUCACUCGUGCAGAAUCUAAUCUGGAGCGUCAACGGUUCCAAAUAGCCAUUUUUUUGGCUUUUCCCAUACUUUGAAUGACAUUUCAACAUUACAUCUAUGAGAUAAGCUUCUAAAGCGCAAGUGGGGGAAACAAAUAUUACGUCAUAGGCCUCAGCACAGAACUAUUUCUGUUAUCUUGCAAAAAAUACAAACCAAGAUAACAGCUAAUUAUACUCACUUAUCACUAUUUGUAUGUUAAAAACAAAUAAACAAGUAAAUAAAAAGCAGAGAUUUUGCCACAUCCAGAGGCUUGUUUUCCUGUGUAUCACAAUAACAGUUAUGCUAAGCAUGACUUUCUAAUCCGAUUUCAUUACAGAAAUCACACCUCUUAGUGUAUAUUUAAAUUAAAUAUAUACCUGGAUUUCAGUGCUUACUAAAAAUGACUCUGUCAUUCACUCUUCUGGUUUAUGAAGCAAUUAAACUGCUGCUUGCUUUCCAAAACAAUUUUUAGAAACAACAACCUCAGAUAAGUAACAUUUUCAGUGGAGCUACAAUAUUAUCUUCAGGCUAGUCUGAUCUUACCUUCUGCCUGCCCACGUUAGAAGUGAAAGGACUCCGUCUAACCUCAAAGAAUCUGCACAGUAGGACAGACCGUUGGGGAGAUGAACUCAGACUUGAUUCUAAGGCUACAUCCACACCACUACCUACAGACAUGAGUCACUGGUUUGUCUUUCAUCCACACUACCCCAGUGUUUUUAACCCCCAAACAUGGAGAGUUUCAAAGGCACCCUCUAGAACUUCAGACUUGGCCUUGCAAUGUGGAGGAGUGAAAACUUAAGACGUUUGACAAAACAGACUCAAAUUGCACUCUUCCUUAUGCUUCCUGCGUAGCCUUUCCCUGAUCAGACCGUUCUUAUUACGUCUCAUUCCAAUUGUUUGCCCUUAGGAGUUUCUUUUUAUGGCACUUGUUUCAUUGGGCUUCAUCUAAAUUGCAUUUUGUACAGUUUGAAUGCUGCAUGCAUGUGCAAAAGGCAAAUAAUUUACUGGCCACUACAGUUUUGUGAUAAGUCCUGUGGCUGGCGGCAUUACUACUCAUUCAAGGAUUAGGAGAACACCGACGGCUUAUGCCUUUCCCAUUGUUUUAGUGUGGACUGGGAUACUUUUGUAAACAAUGUGAAAAUGCUAGAGCGGACAGAAAUCCUUUUUUUUUUCUUUAAAAGUAAUUUUUAUAUGAAAAUAUAGUAGUGUGGACAUAGCCUAAGAGACCAUGAAAGCUGUAGUCGUUUUCAUUCCAACUAAUCUGCUAAUCAGGCUGUAUUCUUAACUCCUGUGAGGUGGUGAAAUGACCUUGUAAAAUAUAGUAAAGAGGUGUGAGCUUUACUCACAGGAAUGGAUAUUUCCCAAGUCUACCUGCAACAUGCACAUUUUACACACAAGAGGAGACUAUUCAGCCCAUCUUGCUCAUUUGAAUAGCCAGUAUCUGUAUAAGUUGUUUAAAUAGUUCGAUUAGAUGAUGUAUUUUUUAAAGCCAUGAUGCUCUUCAUCUGACUUGAGCUUGUUGUUGAUUUACAGGAUUAUCUGUGUGAAGAUUUCCUUGUUAUUUUUUUUUUUUGAAGUGGAUAGUGCAUGUAGCUCAAAGAUCCAGCAGCCCAAGUUCAAAUUCCUUGCCCAGUCGUUAUCCAUGUGAAGUCUGCACAGUCUCCCCGUAUUUGCUUGUGGUUUCCUCUCAUAUCCGCAGUGAUGUGGAAGUCAGGUUACCUGGUUCAAAUUUUUCGGAGGGAGAAAAGUGAUUUUGUAUGCAAUUGCGCUGAACAGAACACUCCAAAAAUGCAUAUUCUCUUCACUAAAGUUAGGCAUUUUGAAAAUUGUUUCUGCAAAGAGUAGAGAGAAGGAUUUUCAGGUUCCCCUUUUUUGUUACUACUCCAUUUUGACUCUGGUGCCUGAUGUAUUUGAUCAGUAAGAGGCAAGCACUGCAGUGUCUAGAGGCCGAGCACUGGACUUCAAACCACAAGACUGCCAACUCAAUAUCCACCUUCAACUCACCAAGUCACUUCAUUUUCCUGAAAAAUUACUUUUCAAAAAAACGCUGAACAAUGUUUUAACCAAUAAUCAGCAAUAGUGAGAUCCAAACAGGUCCACAAUUCAUUGAUGGUAUUUCUGCAUGAAACACAUCCACAGAUUUCCACUAAUCGUAUUGCAGUGUGUCUCCAAAUCUUUUCAAAUUGCGGCCCAUUCUCAUCAUCCUCAAACAUAAUUAAUGUAUACUGAUUAUAUACUUACAUUUUCAUAAUAUAAAAAUGAUAUUUCACUUUAGUUUGCCUACCUUUUCCAGAACAUGUGCUCAGUGUUUCAGAUAUUGUUAAUUCCAGCAACACAUUCCAUUUUGUCCCUGUGAUGCCUUUUACUCCCAAUCCUGUUUUGACUGCUGAUUUACGACACAUGCACUGCUUAUACUCUUGAGAAAAGGUUUGCAAGCAGCCAUUUAUUUAUUAAUGCCUUGCCUAACAGUAUAUCCUCAUAUUUUCAUUACCAGUGGAGUAACAACUUUUCAUUCCCAUUGCGGAUUUAAAGAUUACUGAUACUUCAACUGCAGAAAAUGACAGCAUUUCCUUUACAUACAUAUAAUAUACUUCUACAUAAUUAACACCUACAAUCUGUUUACUCAUUUUAACAGUCUUUUAAAACCAUCGGGAGAUCAGCAGGCUCUGAGACUGGAUUUGUCAGAUAGACAGAGAAAAGUAAUCUGAAGUGUUGUUUCGCUGUUUAUCCCUUCUGCUUUUCAACCCCUAAAAAAACCAAGAGACAGUGAUAAAAAAGUAACUGUCGUUAGCAGCAGUAAUUAUGAUUAUGAUCUUCUAAUCGAUUUAUCUCUCACAAAUUGCUGGCCGUUGGAAAAAACUUUUUGGCCAAAGCCACUUUGUGGAACAGCUCUAACUUAGUAACAACUUGUCUAGAUGACCUGCAAAAACUUUGCAAGCCAAAUGAGCUGAAUUAUCUCCUCUAAAAUUAAAGACAUGUGGGAGUCCAAGCAUAUACUGUUCACUUCUGGUCCUUCCACCACAUCUUAAUGAUGCUUAAUGGCAGGAUAUUCAUUAGGCUAAAUGCUAAUAAAUUGGUCUUCAACUAUUCUGGUGCAAAUGGGCUGCAGUUUUCUGGACUAUGGUCUUGCUGUACAACCUUGGUGUGAUCCGAUAAAUGUUCUGAAACCUUUAGGAAUCUUCUGAUACAGAGCAGAAUGCCAAAUUAUCUGCGUUUUAGUACAUUAGAUUAUCUGCAACCUGCAACACUAAAACUGUCAUGCUUGACUCAUGGAAUGAGGGUCUUACUGUGGAUGCUAAGCUUUUCCAGACACACUGAAACUAACUGAAAUGAACAAGAUCAGCAGAUUCUUUGAUGCGCGUGAAGGGUUUUUUUUAUGACUUCAUGCAAAAUGUAAGAGAAUUUGGAAGGACCGUCCCCAUGUGAACAUUAUAACAUGAACUGUAGUCUAGUAACAUCCCACAGCUUCCAAAAUGACUUUAUUGACCUUUCCAUGCUAAUUUUGUUCCCCUGAAAGAUUUCACAAUUGUUUAAAGCCUCUUUAGAACUUGUGUGCUUACAGCUUAAAUGAGGGACAGAAUUACUUACAUUCAUAUUUGGAAUCCAGGCCCAUUUAUUAAUCAGAAAGCUGGUCCUAAUUAUUUUGAUUUGCUCUCACUAGAAAGAUAUCAUCUUUUUCACUCCUGAAGAUUACACAUUUGAUGACCACGAGCAAGCACUAAAAUAUCAGUGCCGUUCUUUAUUUAAGUCAUUCUGCUCUACCAAAACCUACAAUCAGCAUAAAUGAUUUCACCACACUUACUGAGAAAAUCAGACAGGGAAAGAAAGACACUUCAAGUUGUACUGAGAAGUCUGCCCAACUGCUGCCUGAAGUAUGGAGUUUCUUUGAUGCCAUGAGAUUUAGUAGUAUGUUGUACUCGGCGCAUUUCCAAUAUCGCAGGGUUGGGAAUCUAUGUUGGUCUUAAUUAAAGAGUAUUUAAAAGUUCAAAGUCAAAUUGAAUUUGGAAUUUAAAACUCACACCUCUUUCUACGUUCUAUGUACAAUGUUAUCUUUCCAACACUACAUUUCAGACAGUCUUCUUUCUUAUCAUAGCUGUUUGUUUAUUGUUAACAUUAUGACUUACAGUAGGCAAUUUGAGAUAGUCAAAGUUUUAGACCCUGACAUAUGUGAAGAUUUAAAAGUAUAACUUUAUGUAAGAAAAUAAUUAUUUUUAAACUGAGAUUUAAUUAGCUGUAUAAAAAAAGUUAUGUUCUUGCUAUGUUUGUUGUGUGCGUGUGUGUGUGAGUGAGUGUGUGUUGGAUUUGAAAAUCUUUCAUUUUAUGUGGUUAAUUUUUAUGAAGUAUUAGGAUUACUUUUUAUGAACCAUAUGUAAAAUAUAUAGUAGAAAAAAAAGAGAGAGUGUCAGGUUAUGUAACUUGAAAAUGCAUUGCUUUUUUCCUUUGACUAUGUUUAUUUUAUUUUGAAGGCAUUUUAAUCAUUAGCUCCAGUUAAGUGUGAUGAUUUGAUUUUACACAGACACAAGUACGGUUGUUCGAUUACUUUGACUUGCCACCAUGUGCGUUAGUGCUCACUUGCAAAGUGAGCAAACACAGCCAAGAGACAAUUUUUGUAUUUUAUAAUUGGUUUGAUUGGGGAAAUAAUUUCAGAGCAGCGGCUACUAAAUGAAAGAAGCCCCAGACAUCAGCGGCCUCAAUGAAGAUGUUUGAUCUGUUACCGCAAUGUGACAACAUCCAUAAUUAAUUGGAGCGACUGUGUUUUUGAUUUGCUGUUUCAUGAAAAGGACCUCUUAAACCACACAACACAUCACCUCAUUUAUAAUUUUAGCUUAAAGUCUUGGGAGAAUUGUAUGCACUUCUUGCAUUUUCAGAACUUUUAGUUUCUUAAUUCAUGAAUUAACACCUCUCUCAUAUAUAUGUAUGGAGGAUAACGGAGUGAAAAUAUAGCUUCCAACAUAUGUAAAUAACUGAUCAGGUAUUCAAUAUUGUGAAUAUUUCAAAGAGAUUUUAUUUCUCCGAUUCAAUUAUGUGUGCACCACCGGGUGUGUUGAAAAACCAAAUGAAUAUUUACUCCCAAGGCUCAUUAAGCUCGCAGUUUUCUAGCACUUUCCACAAUCUAUACAGUGUUUCUUUUGUAUUAAGACGUGUCUUUCUAAUUUUUAAAGUGUCAAGUGCCAUUAGAAAUCAUAUAGAUGUAUGAUGUAUAAAUAUACUGAUUUUCAAACAGUAUUUUUGAUAUGACAAAGUUUUUUUUCUGCUGCUUCUAUACUUUUUUGGUGUAAUUCUUUACAUAUGUAUAGUCUGUGCAAAAACAGGUGCCUUCUCCAGAAUGUGUUCUGUGCAGCCUUUCAUUUUACAAUAUGUUCAAUGUGUUGUUCUUCUUACAAUGCCAAAAAAGUACUAGCUAUUGAUGUGAAAAGAAAAUAAAGAGAAAUGAUACUUUUUUCUAAAUAUGGUAAAACAUUAAACCCCUGUAGAAAUGUACAGUACUUUCAUGUAAAAAAACUCAGAAUUUAUUACUAUCUGUAACACAAUCAAACCAAUUUCUUGUUACUAAAAGCAAAUUUGUUUUGUUCAUUAUAACCUUUUCUAAAAAUACAAUUAAAAAGUAUAUAAACAUUGAACAAUAACCAUAAAUGUUUGGACUCCUCAUCGGCAAUGUCAUGUUAACUCUGAACCGCCUGUAACUCCCAAACAGGUUAAAGCGUACAGCUGAUUAGAGUUGUUACAACUCGGGAUAAUGAAGGUGUCAGAAGAAUCACAACAAUACCGUCAGAAUCUCCAUUACACAAUAAAUACCCUUAAAAAACAAAGAACAAAAGUUCAGCGAGAAUAAAAACAGCCAUGGGGAUAGUAAGUGAAGAGGUCACUCAAAAUUUCAAGGAACUUUCUUACCUUAAGAAAUGCGCGAGGAUGGAAGACUGUGUUUUAUAGUCUGGUCACUUAGAUUUCCGUCAUUUUCAGCGUGAGCCUCAAGUGUUUCGCACAUUCAAAGCUAAAUGGAUAAGCAAGGUAAACACACAUGAGUUUAUGCAUACCCCAAGUGACAAUGUAGCCGGUGUUUUCCUUUACUGUGCAGAU